AUGACCGUUUUUAGACUUUCUGUAAUCUGUGUAUUGGUCUGGUUGGGUGUCGUCGAUGCAUACAGAAAUGCUGUAAAACCUAGACCCACAACAACCACAUCGGAGGAGAUUAAACCAUGGCUAAGAACCAUCUAUUCCACACAGGUGGAAGUAGUCACUCCAACGGUUAUUGCAGGUGUGACGUUUUCUGCUAAACCUCCAAUGACUUCUGAUGCCCUACACCCGUGGAUUUCGCUCGAUAAGCUCGGUAGUCCCAAAACUAAGAAUCCGGAGAUCAAAAAAGGUCGCACGGUGAACGGACAACCUGAUUACAGCACUUAUUUUCAAACAGUCCACACCACCAUGCUUUCUGGUGCAGAAGUAGGUGCCCACAACAUGGACAGCAACGAUAUCUACAAUCAGGAAAUCUUCGAGGACGAAGAUAAAACAUAUGUCUCGUUGAAUCCUAUCAUUCGCUGUACGCCGGACCGCUACAGGAACAAAGGUCUGGCUAAAGAUGUUUCCAGUGAGCCAUUCUGUACUCCUUUCGAAAACGUGGAAUGGAAAAUCGACCACACAUACUUUGUAACGUGGUUUACCAAGUUCUUUGAAGAUCCGGCAACGGACAAAAUCGCGGAAAAGGUAAGACUUCAUGCUUUCUAUGUCAAGGAAAAAUCACACGAAAAGGGAUUCGGGAAAAGAAGUUUGAAAGGCGCAUUUUUUAGUACGGAAUGGGUGAAAAACGUCGAUGGGUUGUAUGCGAUGGAGCCCACAGAGGAAUGGCUUCAAGAUAAGUACGAAAAACGUAUUUUGCUUGCCAUCCAGCCCGACUACAUCACCGAUGAAGAAUUUGACCCAUGGGCCCACGGAUUAUUGUUGCAUGUUAUCAUGGGUUCUCGAGUGUUCAAAAAUACCAAGGAACAAUUGGCGCUACAGGACGCGGGUCUAUCCGAUGACACCUGGUACUACGUGGCCCUCACCAUGCCCACCAUGGUGGUUGUGGCAUGUGUGGCAAUGUACUUUUUCCUUCACCUCAACAAGAAUCAUCGCGAUAUUCGCGACGUAAGACAGUUUGCUGUUAAUCAAAAACAUCGCGUUUUGGGUUCGUUCAAGAGCUAUAACAAAUACAAGAAGCUGAAAAAUCGUCCUUACAGUGAGCUACCUACCCAUAGUAAGAAAACAAGCAAGCAAAUUUGA